CUCUCUUUGCAAUCCUUGCCGAGUGCUAACUUUAAUGACACUGCCCCUUCUUUGUCUACCUCAACCGAUUUUAUUGGACGACGAGUGUUUGAUCGACCAAGACAAAUAAUGAGCCUUAAGAGACUCGUGAACACAUAUGCAGUGUAACCGAGGCAUGGGUAGUUGAGAAUAAGUUCUAGCGAAGAGAGGACAAAGAAGAUAAAUAGGAGAUAAACCCAACAAUGCUGCAAUAAGCACUAUAGUAAAAGUUGGCUUUCAGCACAUGUUUGUCUUCGAAGCUAUAAAGAGAGGCUUGAAACAUGGUUUCUGAGAACCCACCAGCGACCCACAAGCAAGAAGUAAACACAAGGACCCAGAAACGCCACAUAUCAGAAGAGCCAUGGACUCUGUGGAACUGGUACCAGCAUAUUUACUGGCCAUACUUCACCUUUCUAGUUAUUAUACCAUUACUUGGAAUCAAAGCCGCCAUUAAUACUCCUCUUCACAGAGAGACUUUGAUCUUGAGUACGAUUUAUUAUUUUAUCACAGGUUUAUGUAUCACAGCUGGAUACCACCGCUUAUGGGCCCAUAGAUCCUAUUCAGCUUCGUUCCCUUUGAAAUUCCUGCUCGCAUUAUUUGGGACUGGUUCCUUGACAGGAUCUAUCAUCUUCUGGGCAAGAGACCAUCGAGCCCAUCACCGAUUCACUGACACCGACCAUGACCCUUAUAACGUGAAGAAAGGGUUUUUCCAUGCCCACAUACUAUGGCUCAUCUUGAAACAGCCAAAAAAGCAUAACCCGGUUGAUAUUUCGGACCUCAGAAACGAUCCACUUGUUAAGUACCAACACCGCUAUUAUUUCCCUAUUGCCUUUUUCAUGACUUGGGGCUUCCCGACUCUGGUCGCCGGCCUCGGUUGGAAUGAUUGGUAUGGAGGAUUCAUAUAUGCCGGCAUUAUACGCACUUUUCUUGUUCAACAAGCAACCUUUUGCGUCAAUUCAUUAGCUCAUUACUACGGAGAUCAACCAUUCGACGAUAAGCGUUCUGCACGAGAUCACUAUUUAACAUCUGUCAUUGCUUUGGGCGAAGGAUACCAUAACUUUCACCAUGAAUUUCCCUCAGACUAUCGGAACGGUAUUGAAUUCUACCAUGCUGAUAUUACAAAAUGGCUCAUUCUCGUCUUCAAAACAAUCCGCUUGGCUAGCGGUCUCAAGACCUUUAGGCAAAACGAGAUUGACAAAAGUCGUGUCCAGCAAGCUUAUAGGCGGCUUGAUAAGAAAAAGGAUGUUCUCGACUGGGGUAUUCCACGGGAGCAGCUCCCUGUGAUGGAAUGGGAGGAGUUUCAGAAUGGGGUAAAAGAGGGGCGCGCGUUAAUUGCAAUUGAUGGCGUAAUUCAUGAUGUAACUGGGUUUAUUACUGAGCAUCCUGGGGGAGAAACAAUGAUUUCAUCCCGAGUUGGCAAGGAUGGAUCUGCAGCUUUCAAUGGAGGUAUUUAUAAACACUCAAAUGCGGCUAACAAUGUUCUGGCAACAAUGCGAAUCGCAGUGCUUCUUGGGGGUUGUGAAGUGGAAACUUUGAAGGGCAAUACAAAUAUGGAAACCAAGGAAAAAAUGAAGAUAAAGAGCUAGUUAGAGCGAUUAUGG